AUGACCCAGAAAGCCAUUAUGGAUUCUGACCUCAUUGACUGGAAGGAGGCGUUUCUCUUCUUCUACUGGGAUAUCAAACAGCUUCGAGAAAACCGUCCAAAAGAAGGCUACAUCGCGGACCGGCUGAUCAUGGAAUUCUUCCAACAGACCAGGCCAUCCAUGGCUUAUGAGGGUCCUGCAAGAAAUUGGAACUGGACCCUUUACCGCGCCAUGAGAGCUCUCCAAGUUCAACUUGGGUUUGACACGGGGCCGGAAACCACUGCGUUCAGUUACGAAUGGCUCGGCGAGAAAUCGGGUCCGACCGACACAAAAGCCCCGUUUGUCGAUUGGGUGCGCCUCGAAACUCAAACCCACUUGCUCUUCACGUACGCAAACAACACGGUCAACCGCUUUCUCGCUCAUCUCGUCACGGAAGUCUAUGGUCCACUGUCUCAGCGAAAAGAUUGGGAAUUGCAAAACCCCUUCCUGACCGAGUUUCAGAGAACUCACAACGUUCAGCCCUGGGGAGUGCCUCUGCCUCUGCCAGGUGCGAGUGAGGCCCUAGACCAGAUUGAGUGGCCGGACGCCCCCAUCCUUGCCAGCAAGUCAGGCUUUACACACUCUCGCCGCAAACCUAUCCGAUUUAGCAUCUCCGUGGCGUCAACCAAUAAAGAGAGUAACCAUGUUAUGCCUACUGCCACUCUCAUGCUCCCUGAGGAGAGCCUCCUGAACGCUCGGCUUUUUAACCUGACGAAGCGGUACUACACAGCCAUGCUCCUGUGGGUGAAGGGAAUUCGCGAUAAUGAUGGGUUACCAUCGCUCUCGGACUUGCUGAACGCCCAGUUUUGUGAUUGGGCCAAGGCCGCGGACGAGGGUAGUGAUGAGUCUUUGGUGGUGUCGAGGCACUUGUGGGAGGCCUACAGAGCCGUUGGCUCAAAGCCCAUCGGAAUGAAGUCUGCUUUAACGGACAAGGAACCGAAAAAGACCCACGUAUUCACGAACGGUGGCUGCUUUAGGGGAUUCUAA